CUUCGAGAGCCAUAACUUUCCGAAGGGCUGGGUCCUGGACGAAGGGGGUGGUGGUGAAGAAACAAGGGAGGAGAAGCUGAAGCGGGCUAACACUGGUUUCAUUUUGAGUCGAGCGUCGAACAUACAUUCAGUAAUCUGUAAAACGAUGACACAUUGCCUGUGUGUGUUUCCAUGUAUUCGGUAACUCUGAUUAUAGAGAUGCGUGUGUCCGCUGUGACUCUUCCCUUCUGCCGUGUGUAAGUAGCGUCGGAAGAGUUCACAUAAGGAAGUUCAACACACCGCUGAACAUUCUGUUAAUUCACGAAUAUCACGGUUUGCUGACUCCAUAUUUGUACAUGGAUGCGUUUAGGAUGGUCCAUCCAAGAAUGCCUGUUUUUGACGAGCCAGCUUUGAUUAUACCACCAUUGGACCUUGACUGAAGUGCCUUCAGCUUCUUCACCUCAACAGAGAAGAAACCAUUUCCUCUCAAGCACCGGCAUAAAGGUUUUGCAGAAUGUGUCACGUCAUAGUCACAUGCCGGUCUAUGUUAUGGACCUUGAUGAGCAUUAUGGUGGCAUUUGCCGAACUGGUGGCAUUUAUGAGUGCUGACUGGCUAGUGGGAUAUUCAGAUGGCUCAGAAACCAACUUCACUGUUACCACAUCACUCCGUACCAACCAGCGCACCCUGGGUAUUUAUAACCGCUGCCUCAAGGUGGUGAACCAAAAGGUUGUCCAAUGUGGGCCCUAUGCCACAGACUUCAUGGAAAUAGCUAGCGGCUUUUGGCAAGCCACAGUUAUAUUUCUGGUCAUUGGAAUCUUUCUCCUGUGCAUAGUGGGCAUCCUUUCGGUCUUCAGCAUGUGUUUCCAAAGUAUUUUAAAGAAGAGCAUAUUCAACGUGUGUGGCCUGCUUCAAGGCAUAGCAGGUCUGUUCCUCAUUCUUGGUCUGAUGCUCUAUCCUGCAGGCUGGGGAUCUAGGAAGGUGGUUGACUACUGCGGUCAGGAUGCUUCCCCAUAUAAAGUGGGCCUUUGUUCUCUGGGCUGGGCCUUUUACACAGCCAUAGGAGGUACUGUGCUCACGUUUAUCUGUGCUAUGUUUUCAGCUCAGGCUGAGAUCGCCACCUCCAGUGACAAGGUGCAGGAUGAAAUCGAAGAGGGCCGGAGUCUCAUUUGUGUGCUGUGAAAAUAAGCCAUUUAAACUGUUGAGAAUAUGUCUCCCAUGUUUACUGCUUGAAAUGACUAUUGCAUAAAUGGGAGUGUAGUUCUUUGGAUGUUAUAUGGUUUUCCAGACUAAAGACCUAAGAAAUGUAUUUGCUUUUUCAAUUUCAAUUUUAUCUCAUGGCAAAUUAGCAUUGUCUGCAUUAUAAAAUACAUGCAUCACAAAUGUUUUGCUAUUAAAGAAAUCUUUAAAACUAAUAAAUACAUUUUAUCAGUAUUUUGUCUUUAUACUUGUAAGCGUUGUUACAUGGACUAUGUGAUAAUGGAUACAACCAGUGAAUUUUCCACUUGUAAUGUAAAAGUUUGCAUUUUUGCUAUCAUGUAAGGUUGAGGGUUCUUUUUACUACAGUAUAAUGAACAGAACUAUAGUACUUUGUCAUAUAAUACUAAAAUAGAUUGAAAAUACAUUUCUCACACUUUUUCUGAAUGAUUUAAAAAUGUGUCUAGUUCAGCUGUUUUUAUUCUGUUACAUUAACAUAUGUUACAUUGUUUAUUAACAAAGCAUUUUAUUGUAAAAGCUGUACUUUAUGUAAACUUAUAGAAAUACAUCAUUCCAAUAAGUACUUUAGUUUUAUUAGUUGUUACAGACCUGCCAUAACAUUUCAGCUUGGAAUUUUAAAGGGGUUUUGUCAAAGAUGACAUUUCAUAUUCAGCUUAAUCCGUGCACUGUGCAUUCUUCUUACCUUUGGAUGUCCCAGAUUGUCUGGGCUUAUCACUCUUGUUUAGUAUUUUCUUUAUGGUAGAUUUUUGAAGUCUAAUAUCAGUCAAUGCAUGACAUAUCUGCAGGACUGUAAUCACUUGGUUUUUAUCAACCUGAUUGCAUUUUUCUGUUCAAAUCAUGCAUUCCUUACAGUUCUGUAGGUGAAGUCUGUUAAUGUUACAUUAAUGUGUUCAAUAAAUGCUUAGAAUGUAAUGUUUUUCAAUUCACAAAUUGUCUUUCACCACAAUGGACAUGUUGCAAACAUUGUCAUGUGUUAAUAGAGGCUAAACAGACAAAUUAUAGUAACAGGAAGUCGCUGAUCUCAGGAAAUGGGACUCAAAGUGUUCUUUGCCUUAUCACCACUACCAGAACACAUGUUUGAAAAGAGCACAAAUUUUGUUUUAAAUGCACACUUUUUAUAUGUAGCAAAUUGUGCUGAAAGGUCAUUCACGGGAAAUUUACAAAAACACAGCAAAUUCAAUGACUUCAACAAAAGGACUUAGAAAAGUCAUUGAUUCUAGUCAGGUUUAUCAAAUGAGUUGGUGUGGGGAAAGUACACAUUGCAGUGAGGGCUGGACUCCUGAUGUUUGUUCUGUAAUGACUGCAUGUGGCAGGCGUGCUGAGGGGAGGGUUCUCAUCCAGCUCCGUGUUAGCGGAUCAAAGCAGAUCUCAGAGUCUCUGUCAGCUACAAUCCUUAGGCCCGCUGGUUCUCCCCUGCUGAUCAGAAAUGCAAGACAGGCCUCUUCAUCUUGUAUGAGCACACGAUCAAUUUAUAAUUAGUUCUGUAGUGAUUAAUGAAUUCCCAAUAAAGCACCCUCUGCUCUGAUGAAUGUAUGCAGGCCAUCCCACCUAAACUGCUGUCCAAACACGCAUGGCUCACUGUUUCAUUUCAUUAGAGCUGAAUGUCCUGGUAAACGGGCUGAGGUCUGAUUAUUUAGGGUCAAGAGUUACUUUUGCUAUCUAUAGGUAGAGUGUUUGUGUUUCAGAAUUAAUAAAAUGUAAAUCUUUGUUCUUUAAAUGGGUAGAUUUGAAGUUUUUUGGAUCAAAAUACAUUGAGGAGACUGUGGCUAGUUGUCAAGCAGGGAAGUUGUCAUAAGAGCUAUAUGUCAAACUAUAAGAUUUUGAGUUAAAAAAUCCAAAUAAAAAAAUGUUGUAUGUGUA